GGGGAAAAGUAUUCUUGGGAUGCUGAUACUCAGGGAUGGAUCCUUGGUUCUUUUUUCCAUGGCUAUAUCAUUACUCAGAUUCCAGGAGGAUAUCUUGCAAGUAAAAUUGGAGGGAAGCUGUUACUGGGGUUUGGCGUCUUUGGCACCUCUGUAUUCACCUUGCUUACUCCCUUAGCCGCAGAUUUGGGAGUUGGCUACCUCAUAGCUGUCAGAGCCUUGGAAGGACUGGGAGAGGGUGUCACCUUCCCAGCUAUGCAUUCAAUGUGGUCUUCCUGGGCUCCGCCGCUGGAACGCAGCAAGCUCCUUAGUAUUUCAUAUGCAGGUGCACAACUGGGAACUGUUAUCUCUCUGCCACUAUCUGGUUUAAUUUGCUACUAUAUGAACUGGGUUUACGUGUUUUACAUAUUUGGUGCGCUUGGCGUGUUAUGGUUCUUCUUCUGGAUGUGGUUGGUUAGCGAUACGCCAGAAAUUCACAAGAGCAUUUCACAUGCUGAAAAAGAGUAUAUACUUUCCUCUCUAAAAGAUCAGCUUUCUACACAGAAAUCUGUUCCCUGGAGACCUAUACUGGAGUCCCUUCCCCUCUGGGCUAUUGUUGUGGCACACUUCUCUUAUAAUUGGACUUUCUACACACUUCUUACGCUCUUACCCACGUACAUGAAGGAGAUCCUGCGGUUUGAUGCACAGGAGAAUGGGUUUUUAUCUGCCCUACCUUAUUUUGGCUGCUGGUUAUGUAUAAUUCUCUCUGGGCAAAUUGCUGAUUAUUUACGGGAAAAACAGACCUUUUCCACUGUUUGUGUUCGCAAGUGUUUUACCCUAAUAGGAAUGAUUGGACCUGCGGUGUUCUUAGUAGCAGCCGGAUUCAUAGGAUGCGACUAUGCGCUGGCUGUUGCAUUCGUGACCAUAUCAACAACACUGGGAGGAUUUUGUACAUCCGGCUACAGUAUCAACCACCUCGACAUAGCACCUUCGUAA